AUGAGCUUCUGCAUCCACGAACUGGCAGUCAACCCGCAUAUCCAGGACCGCCUCAGGGAUGAAGUCGACAGCGUGCUCAGCAAACAUGGCGGGCAGGUGACGUACGAAGCCGUGCACGAGAUGUCCUACCUCGACAUGGUGGUCGCAGAGACACUCCGGAAGUACCCUCCUCUGACGGAGUUGGACAGAAUCUGCACAGUGGCGUACACCAUUCCAGGCAGCAAUGUCAAGAUAGAGGAGGGGACCAAGCUUAUCAUACCGGUCUACGCCAUCCACCACGACCCCAAGUACUACCCGGAUCCGGAAAAGUUUGACCCGGAACGCUUUACGGAAGAGCAAAAGGCGUCACGCCAUCAUUUUGUUUACCUGCCUUUCGGUGAGGGACCUCGUAUCUGCAUAGGUAUGCGUUUCGGCCUAAUACAGACCAAGCUCGGCAUCGCUUCAUUGGUCUCCAAGUUUAUCUUCAGCGCCACGAGCAAAACACCUGCAAAGCUCCAAAUGGAUCCCAAGGCAACUGUGGCGUCUGCUCUCGGAGGCAUCAACGUGCGUAUCACCGCGAGAACUUGAUACGCCCACAAGCAGGGCUGUCUACAGAAGGAGCUGACACGUAUGGGUUUGAAAGUGUAUGAUCUGACCCAUUCUUCACCUAUACUUACUAUAGCAAACACACAUAAAAUUUUGUUUACUAACAUCAGUGAGCCAUGCACCUCCAAAAUAAACUUGAACGACGGUAAAUAUA